AUGGGGAAAGACGAAGUGUUAGUUUUAGGUGGGGCUGGAUAUAUUGGCAGCCAUACCUGUGUCGAAUUAAUCGGGGCUGAGUAUAAGCCUGUCAUUGUGGAUAAUACGAUAAAUUCAUCUCCGGUAUGUGUGAGCCGCCUACAGCAAUUGACUGGUGAAAAUAUCGCCUUUUAUCAAUUCGAUGUGCGCGAUCAAGUUAAAUUGCGUGAAGUUUUCUCUCAGCAUGAUAUCAAGGCGGUAAUUCAUUUUGCUGGAUUAAAGUCCGUUCCAGAAUCUGUACAAUUUCCUCUUAAAUAUUACAGUGUUAACAUAGGGGCAACAAUUACUUUGUUAGAGGUGAUGAAAGAAUUUAAAGUAUAUAAUUUAGUUUUUUCCUCCUCUUCAACUGUAUAUGGCAAACCCCAAUUUUUACCAAUGACCGAAGAUCAUCCUACAGGUCAAUGUACGAGUCCAUACGGAAGGACGAAAUACUUUAUUGAAGAAAUUCUCAAAGACCUUUGUGUGUCUGACCCGGAGUGGAAUAUAAUAUCACUGCGGUACUUUAAUCCCGUUGGUGCUCAUCAAUCUGGUAUUAUAGGCGAAGUUCCUUUGGGCAUACCGAAUAAUCUCCUACCUUAUAUUGCACAAGUUUGCAAUGGAAAGCGUGAAUAUUUAACAAUUUAUGGAGAUGAUUAUAAAACACCAGAUGGGACAGGUAUUCGUGAUUACUUACAUGUUGUUGACUUAGCUGUUGGUCAUGUCCUAGCACUGAAGAAGAUGCAAGGCGAACAUGGAUGCAGAGCCUACAACCUCGGCAGUGGAACGGGAUUUUCUGUAAAAGAAAUUAUUCAGGCUUUUGAAAAAGCAUCUGGUAAAAAAUUGCCAUGUAAAAUUGCUGGACGACGUGCUGGAGACGUAGCUGCAUCGUAUGCUGAUUCAACUAUAGCUCAAAAUGAAUUAGGAUGGAAGGCUACGAAAAAUUUGAAAGAAAUCUGUGAAGACUAUUGGAAUUUUCAGUCUAAAAAUCCCCAAGGAUAUUCUUGA